AUGUCUCCUAGUUUAGAAGGCGUCAUGUUUAACAGGAACGCUAGCGCGAACCUGUCGGCGCGACGGCCGUUGCUCGCCGAACCGCAAAAGCCAGUUGUGGUGCCUCCACGAGCGCCACCACGCGAUUUUGGUCCACAACGGCCCUUGCCCGCGCCUAGAAAUUUACCAAAUGAUUAUUAUGAAUACCGACCAGACUACUGGAAACCAUCGAAUGUCGAACUUGAAAAACGACUGCAAGAGACGAGAGCGCGAGAAAAAGUCGGUUACUUUCAGGACAAGGUAACAACACCCGAGCUGAGCUUGGACCGCAGAGAAGCGGAACUUGUUUUCAGAUUCGAUCCUCACGCAUCGGCUGAAUAUCUAUCGAGUCAGUACCGUGCACCAACAGUGCAUUACACGAAGCCUCCGACACCGGUGAAUGGGUUCGCUAACCGUUUACCAGACAGAGACGGCCCGUUUGUGUUCGGUAUACAUAGCCCUAGCCAAUUUCCCAUUCCCCGUCGGGAUGAAGAUGACUAUGAUUAUUCCGAAGUAGCGGAAGAAAAUGGUCAUACUGUGAUACGAGACGAUGUUUCGGAAGAUUUGAACUGCUGUGAUAAAGUGAAUGAUUGGGCGGUGCGCGAUAAGAAAAGUAGGAGGACUUUGAAUCGAAUGUUUCAAAUAAGAGACAGAAGGAAAGUGAAAUGUGGGAAUAAAGAGAAGAUUAAGUGUGUGUUGGUCGGUGACGGAGCGGUGGGAAAGAGUUCAUUAAUUGCAGCUUAUGCUCAGGACACAUUUCGAGAGGAAUACCAGCCCACUGCGUACGACACAUUUAAUGUUGUGGUAGACGUGGACGACAGGCCGGUCUGCGUGGAAAUCUGUGAUACUGCUGGUCAAGACUCGAUGUCGGAGCUCCGAGCCCUCUGCUACCCGGGAACAGACGUGCUGAUGCUGUGUUUCUCCGUGGUGCGUCCUGAGACGUUCCGAUCAGUCGCGGAGAGGUGGACGAAGGCUGUCGCUGGUGUAAACGCGCCCUUAAUACUGGUCGGCACACAAAGCGACCUUGCCUUGGAAGGAAAAAUUAUACAAGCAUUAAAGACUCGCGGCGAACAUGUAGUCACAGAGAUGGAAGCACGAGCUUUGGCUACAAAAAUAAACGCCGUGUACAUAGAAACAUCGGCGAAAACGCGAAAGCAACUGAAAGAUGCCUUUGACGCUGCCAUCUUAGCAGGAUUGCCUGUAAUACAAACCAAAAGACCCUUCUGGAAGAAAUUGUGUUGCCUUAAUUAA